AUGCCACCCAAGCGGAAAGCGACGGACACAAUCUCUGACUCAGAGCACGCUUCGUCAACUAAAGGUCAAACCAAGCGACCAACUCACACGUCCAGAGCGUGCGACAAUUGUCGACGGAGAAAGAUAAGAUGUGAUGGGCAGUAUCCGCAGUGUGGUGUAUGCAAGGAGAGAGACUGUCCGUGUGAGUACAAGGAUGAGGAUAAACGGAGGACCCACCAAGAGCAUAUGGAUCUGUUGAACAACAGGAUGGAUAGAUUCGAAAAGCUUAUAGAGGAUCUUCUGAGAAAUACCGCUGGUGGGAGUUCGACACACUCUGCUCACCCAGCCCCUGCUCCUCCAUCGGUCCAUCCUCAUACAGAUUAUCCUCAUCCUCAAAGUACGAGUCAAAAUCAGAUAGAUCCCAUCAUACCAGUCAGUAGGGACCAUAGGACUAGUGAGGCUGGACCAAGCAACUGGAACUCAAUUCAACCUAUCCCAGAUGUUAGUGGGUCAACCUUUCGAGAACAGUCAGAUCCUGGUGUUUCGCCGGUGACUUCGUCGAAACUCAGGAAUCUAGGUGGAACAAGUGGAUACGAGCGAUUCCAGAGAGUAGAGGAGUCCGCCGGGGCAUUACUCCAAUACGGUCCCACUUCAUUAUGGACAGUGACCAGUCCUCGAGAAGAGAAAGAAAAUAGGAAUGAACAUUCCCCUGAUCUCAUCGAAUUGGGAAGUGGAGAUUGGAUCGAUUGGUCAUAUAACCUUCCCGAAGCUCUCAAUAUUACUCGGACAAUACACGAUCGAGUAAUAGGACAUUUCAGCGCUUUCUACGCUCCAUGGGGAAUAUCAGUCGACAUACCGUCGUUCCUCGUAGAUCUGAACAAAUGCAAUCUCAUCAGAGCAGCGACCCAAACAAGACCCCAACAAUCUCGUACAGCAUCUUAUUCGCCAUUAUUACACUGCUGCGUAAUAUACCUGGGAUUACGGUUGAUCAAGCAUGAAUAUCCGGCAUUGAUGAAGACCUAUGAAAGUGUGUUCAUCAAACAUUGCAUGAACUUGCUAUUAGAAGAAUGCGAUCAUACGGCACUGAGCUCCCUUAGGGCCUACAACCUUUUCUCAACCUGCCUCCAUUUCGUGAGGAUGUCAUCCAGCGAGAAUACCUUGAAUGCUGGGCAAAGGCAAUUUGCUACUGGUUAUCUGUACUCUGGAAUGACGAUCGCUGGUGUACAUGCUCUUGGACUAAAUAUCAAUUGUGCGGACUACGUCAGUAAGGGUCUGAUAAGUGAGAAAGAACGAAAUCUACGCGAGUAUGCUUUCUGGACUAUCUACAUAUUCGAUACGCUACGAGCUUUAGCUGCAGGUCGUCAACCGAUGUUCCCGGAUCAAACUGAGGUACCAGUGCCGACUAUUGAUCCAGCCAUGGAUGAUACGCCAUGGACUGCACCGACGACUCCGAUAGGGAAUGGAAUAGGAGUGCGAUCAUUGAGAUCAACAACGUUUCAUUGGAUGGCUAAACUGGCGAGAAUCUGUAGAUCCAUUUUGGAGAAUUUAUAUUCGCCCGCUUCGCGUUCGACCCCUGCCCGGCAAGACGAGAUCAUCGAUACCGUCUCUCUGAAGCUCGACGAUUGGUACAAGAGGUUUCCACUACGCCCUAUCGAAAUUACCCCAUUACCUCAUAUUCUCUUGUUACACAUGUACUAUCAUCUCUCGGUGAUAUUCGUUCAUAGACCAUUUUACAGGGGGCACAGGAUGGAGUCAGCUCAGAGAUGUAAUACUGCUGCAGUUCAUAUUUUGGAAUUAUUACAUAUAUUCAAGCGGACUCAUCAGAUCAGAUAUGCUCACCACAACAUGAUCAACGUGAUCUUCGGAGCCGCUACGAUAUUUCUCCUUCGAAUUGCCGAAGCGUCAAAUACGAAUGAUAGUGAUGUGCACAAGCGAAAUUUCGAUCAAUGUGUCGAUUUCAUGGCUGAAUUAAGUCUAACAUGGGUCGAAGCAGGAAUUACCCGAAACAUCUUAAUCGCCUUACAAUCAGAGUACGAAUUACCAGGGCUUGGACAUCCAGAUGGACAUUCACAAACGCCCCAAACAGCAGGAAUGGGAAUCGGUAAUACCGAUAUGACUACGUCGACUGUACCGUGGAUAGACCCAUUUAAUGAUAUGCAGGAUAUAUGGGGGAUGAUGUUCAACGAUCAGAGUUUCCAGUGGCAGGACUUUGGGAAUGGUACACAGUAG